GCAGUUGUUCAGCAGCAAGCACUGGUAAGCUUACAGCUACUGUGUACCAGUCUCGCACUUCUGCUACAGGUUCUUAAUACACCAUAUAUAAGAAGAUGGAAACAAUUGGCGUUCUAAUCGUGUCCUUUCUGGUGGCCCAGGCAACAGCUGGUAUACUCGAAUGUAAUCAAGUCUACACAUACAAGAACACCAAGAACUGGGGAAACCUGCGCAACUACCUGAUCACGGCACUGGUAAACACCGACCCUGAGGCGUACAGUCAGGUGCAGAACAUCACAGAGCCCGCGCCCAUGCUCCACAUCGGGCAGAACGGCUACGACGCGCUGGCGGACGAGCUGGCACGCUGCUACCCUGACGUCACCGACGAGUCUACCAACGCCAUGCUACACGGCGCGGCGAAGGGCCAGCAGGUCGAGACGGCGAGGCUACUGCUGGCGCGCCAGGCCGACGUCAACGUGAGGGACGAACACAACAACACCCCGCUGAUCCUGGCCGCUCAGUACAACUCCCUGCCGAUGGUGCAGCUGCUCCUGCGGCUCAACGCCGACAAGAACUUGAAGAACGAUCAACUUCAGACCGCGUUGAGUUGGGCGGAGCAGCAUAGGAAUCAACUAAUGGUUGAUUGGAUAAGCACACACUGAAAUGGUCAAGUCAAAGCUCAGUGUGCCAACCAAACAGUGGUGGUUCAGAACUCAACCGAGAGUUCGAUUCAAUUCUGUACUCUUGCGAUGCAACUAGAAUUGUCCUUAGAUACUGUUACUUCAUUAUUCAUUACUUGUUAAGUAUUGAUUUUCUGUCUUUGAUGCGUUUUCAAAAUAAAAUGCUUCUGUCAUUAGUGCAGUUAAAGUCUAAUAUCAUAUUUCCUAACCCAAUGUAUUAAUUGUUCGUUUAUUCAUUGUAAUAUUAUUGUACUGGCACAUGGGUAUGCUAGAAAAUGGUGACGUAAAAAAUUCCUUGGAGUGGAAAAUUUUCUUUGAUAUUAAUUGAAACAAUAAAAUAUCAAAAUAACAUUUCA